AUGAGUGUCGUCGGUAUCGACUUUGGUGCUCUUAGCACUAAGAUCGGUGUUGCUAGGAAUAAGGGCAUUGAUAUCGUCACAAAUGAAGUUUCCAAUCGAUCUACCCCAUCCCUCGUUGGAUUUGGACCAAAGAGCAGAUAUAUUGGCGAGCCAGCCAAGACACAGGAAAUUUCCAACUUGAAGAACACCGUUGGCUCUUUAAAACUGCUUGUCGGCAGGCAAUUCAAUGAUCCUGACGUCCAGCUGGAACAGGAAUUCUGUUCUGCCAAACUCGUAGACGUCAAUGGCGAGGCUGGUGCCGAGGUCAGCUACAUGGGCAAGAAGGAGCAGUUUUCUGCCACCCAACUCGUGGCUAUGUACCUCACAAAGAUCAAGUCCACCGCAGCCGCAGAGCUAAAACUGCCUGUUUCUGAUGUCGUGCUCAGUGUGCCACCAUGGUUCACUGAUGCCCAGCGCCGUGCACUCAUUGACUCUGCCUCGAUAGCUGGCCUGAACAUGCUGCGCCUUAUCAACGACACUACCGCCAUUGCACUCGGCUAUGGUAUCACAAAACUGGACCUCCCAGCCGAAGGCGAGACCCCUCGACGUGUUGCAUUUGUCGACAUUGGUCACUGCAACUACUCUUGUGCCAUUGUUGAGUUCAAGAAGGGAGAGCUCAACGUCAAGGGAACUGCUUGGGACCGCCAUUUUGGAGGCCGAGCCCUAGACAAGGUCCUCGUGGAUCACCUGGCCAAGGAAUUCAAGGAGAAGUUCAAGAUUGACAUCAAGACGAACCCCAAGGCAAUGACCCGAACCUUUGCAGCUGCCGAAAAGCUGAAGAAGAUCUUGUCCGCCAAUGCCCAGGCCCUUAUCAGCAUCGAGUCCAUCAUGAACGAUGUCGAUGUUCGUGCCAUGGUUAAGCGUGAGGAACUGGAGGAGAUGAUCCAGCCGCUACUUGACCGCAUCACUGUCCCUCUCGAGCAGGCUCUCGCCGAGGCCGGUCUUAAGCCUGAAGAGAUCGACAGCAUCGAGAUGGUUGGUGGAUGCACUCGUGUCCCUUCGGUCAAGGACGCCAUCAGCAAAUUCUUCGGCAAACAGCUCUCCUUCACCCUUAACCAGGAUGAGGCUGUUGCUCGUGGCUGUGCCUUCAGCUGUGCUAUCCUGUCUCCAGUUUUCCGUGUCCGUGACUUCUCCGUGCACGAUGGCAAUAUCAUGCCAUCCACCAAGAUCCUUACCUUCUACCGCAAGCAGCCGUUCGACUUGGAGGCCCGCUACUCCAAGCCAGAGUUGCUCCCCGGCAAGACCAACCCCUGGAUUGGACGCUUCUCUGUCAAGGGUGUCACCGCUGACCCCAACUCUGACUUUAUGAUCUGUAAACUUAAAGCCAGACUCAACUUGCACGGUAUUCUGAACAUUGAAUCUGGAUACUACGUGGAAGAUGUUGAGGUCGAGGAGCCGAUUCCUGAGGAAAAGAAAGAAGGCGAGACCAUGGAUACAGACGAUGCCAACGGCGAGGCCGAAGCCAAACCCAAGAUGCGCAAGGUCAAGAAGCAACUCCGCAAGGGCGAUCUCCCUGUUGUUAUCGGUUCUGCCUCGCUUGACCCUGCCGUCAAGGAGAAGUUGGCCGAGAAAGAGAACGCCAUGUUUAUGGAGGACAAACUUGUCGCCGACACCGAGGAUAAGAAGAACGAGCUCGAGUCAUUCAUUUAUGAGCUCAGAGAUAAGGUCGAUGGCAUCUACGCCGAUCACGCCAGCGAGGAAGAAAAGGAGAAACUGAAGGCCAAACUCACUGCCACGGAGGACUGGCUUUAUGAAGAUGGUGAAGAUACCACCAAGGCCGUCUACAUGUCUAAGAUGGAUGACCUCCGUUUCCUUUCUGGGCCUAUCGUGCAACGCUAUCUCGACAAGCUUGAGGCAGAAAGGCAAGCAGCCGCCCCAAAGAAACAGGUUGAAAUAAAGGGUGACACCGGCAUGGACGACGCCGAUGCGAACGGUGACUCCAAGAUGGAGGAAGUCGAAUAA